CAAUUUUCGUAUUGGCAGUUGUGACAAAUGUGCCCGGAUGUAGAAAAGAGCACGACAGCUACCAUCAUUGAAGGGGUUGCACCAGUGAAAAACUUUGAGGAAUCUGAGAAAAGCUUCGGUGCUGAAGGAGGUCAUGGCUGCAAGUGCGGAUCAAACUGUCAAUACGACCCUUGCAACUGCUGAUGCAGCGAAAUUGUUCGAAGCCCCAAAAAUCAAUCAUGGGUUUUAUAAAUGUGUUUAAUAAAGAUAAAUAUAAUAAGACAACCUUAAAUUCUGCAAAUUCAUUUACUGGAUUUGUCUGAUGUCUUCCGGGCGUUAAUCUAUCUGUGCAUCUGUAAUUCUUGUUUGCAAUUUGA